GUAUUGAUUCUUCAAAAAAAAAAAAAAAAAAAGAAGUUAGUAUUGAGAUAGGCAUGUUAACUCAGCAGGUAUUGAUUAGUACAGAGUCAUGGAAAGCAUGGAACAGGAUCACAAGCAUGUUCAUAAAUUCUAUAAAUGAUCUCAGUCUUUGAGAACCGGUAAUUUUCAGAGCUUUCGAGACCGAAAAGGCGAAAACAUUCAACUCCCCACCAGUACUGCCCGUGAAUCAAAUUCAUUCUUGCUCGUUGUCAUGAUAAUGAUUUCAUCUCGAUUUAUCUAAAAACAAAAAGUUGUUUCAGACCACUGAUUGUAGUUGGUCCUAACACCAAACUAACUACUCACGGGCUCAUUCAUAUGUGAACAAGACAAAAACCCAACUAAUUCCAGUCUAUAUAAUAUAUGCUUCUUGCAGUACUAAUUAAACUGCGAAAGCUUCUCAAGGCGCCGUGGCAAAUUAAUCUGAAUUCCGAAAAAUCCGCUUCAAUGUAUCCCAUGCUUCAAUUGGUUUCUCUGUUUCUUAUUUCCCUGGUCCUUCAGGCCUCAGCACAACCGACGCCCUCGUCGGAUAUCACUAUUGUCGGUGCUGUUUACUGCGAUGCCUGCUACAACAACUCCUUCUCAAAACAAAGCUACUUCUUGCCAGGCGUGGAUGUUCACAUACAAUGCAACUUCAGAACAAACUCCCCGGGCACCAGAGAGGAGGUGAGCCUCUCAGUUGACAGAAGUACCGAUGCCUAUGGAAUAUACAGACUCGAAAUUCAAUCCGUUGAAGGAAUGGACUGCACCGCAGCCUCCAUGGUCCAGUCGUCGUGCCAAGCAAGCCUAAUAUCGUUACCGAUCAAUACAGCCUGCACUUAUCCGGGCAUAACAACCACAUCCAGGGAAAUAACGCUAAGGUCGAAGCAGAACAACAAUCUAUGCACUUACAGCCUAAGUGCCAUGACAUACAGACCCCCAACCAAAAACGCAACAUUGUGCGGAAAUGAUCAUAUAGAGGCUAAAAAUCUAGCAACAGACUCGUUUCAAUCCUCGAAAUUUUUCUUCUCUCCGUUUAACUGGCCUCCUCUGCCUCAGCUCCCGCCCUUGCCUCAGCUGCCACCGCUGCCACCUUUGCCAUCCUUCCCGCAAUUUCCUUUCCAACCACCAAGCUCAAAUACACCCGCACCUCCACCUCCGCCUCCACCAUCUUUACCUUUUCCAUUUGCACCGUCAAUAUUUCCUCCGAACCCCUUCUUGCCUUCAGCUCCACCUCCACCGCCACCUGCAUUCAAUUUAGCUGACCCAAGGACUUGGUUUCUUAACAAUCCUUUCAUAUCCCGGUCUCCACCUCCACCAUUUUAUCGAGACCCGAGGACUUGGAUACCAAUCAAUUCUCAGGAACUGAAACAUAACGCUCAGAACCAAAAUCCCUGAGGAGAAGAUGUAUAUACUUGUUACUCUGCUUCCUAUAUAAUUCAUAAUUAUUGCAUAAUAUUAAGGUCACAAUUACGUGACAAUGCCGAUAUUAAAAUUUUAUACAUAUAUAAUUCUACAAAUGAUUUCUGCAUUAGUCCGAAAUAAGAAACACUGCAGUAUGAAUGUAAACCAGCAUAUCAUAUGAUUCAUAUC